AUGGAGGAGAUUCGAGGAGUGCCUACGUGGCAGGAAGAGUUGGCGAGUCUCGUCGACGCCGGAUUACGAUACGACCGUGCGCCGAUCGAUUUGACGGCAGCUACUGAAUCCGGCUCAAAGAGAUCGGGUUUCUCGUCGGUGGAUGGAUCCGGAUCCGAACCAAGGGAGACAUUGAAAGAUCAAGUGGCGGGGUUUAUGAAAUCAUGGGGAGAGAUGCUUCUUGACCUCGCGAAAGGAGUCAAGGACAUUGUGCAGCAGACGGUGGUGACUGAGGACUCAUUCGUCGUCCGGAAGCUUAGGAAACCGGCGGCUAAAGUUUCGAAGAAGCUAAACUUCAUGAAUGAGUACUUACCAGAGGAUCGUGACCCGAUUCACGCAUGGCCUGUGAUUUUCUUCGUUUUCCUCUUAGCACUCGCAGCAUUAAGCUUUAGUCCGGAGCAGGACGGACCAGUGCCAGUGAUAAAGAAACUGCGAUUACAUCCUACCGGUGCAGCCCGUAUACAGCUUCCGGAUGGUAGAUAUGUGGCUUACCAAGAGCUAGGUGUUUCAGCGGAAAGAGCAAGAUACUCUUUAGUGACUCCUCAUUCUUUUCUUUCCUCUCGACUUGCAGGCAUACCUGGAGUGAAGAAAUCGUUGCUUGUGGAGUACGGUGUCCGUUUAGUGUCAUAUGAUCUUCCAGGGUUUGGAGAGAGUGACCCUCAUCGAGGUCGAAACCUCAGCUCAUCUGCUUCGGAUUUGAUUAACCUUGCAGCUGCUAUUGGAAUUGAUGACAAGUUCUGGUUACUCGGCUACUCUACUGGUAGUAUGCAUACGUGGGCUGCAAUGAAAUACUUCCCCGAGAAAAUUGCAGGAGUUGCAAUGGUGGCUCCGGUGAUGAAUCCUUAUGAGCCAAGCAUGUCCAAGGAAGAGAUGGGGAAGACAUGGGAUCAAUGGUUAACAAAGAGGAAACUCAUGUACUUUCUAGCACGCCGGUUUCCAGUUCUUCUUCCUUUCUUCUACCGCAGAUCUUUCCUCUCUGGUAAACUUGAUCAUCUCGAUCAGUGGAUGUCACUAUCACUAGGAGAUAAGGAUAAACUUUUAACCAAAGAUCCAGUUUUCCAAGAAUUUCACCAGAGGAAUGUGGAGGAGUCUGUCCGUCAAGGAAUCACAAGACCAUAUGUAGAAGAAGCCGUGCUUCAAGUAUCGAAUUGGGGCUUUAGUCUCUCUGAAUUCCGCACACAGAAGAAAUGUACAACCAAUGGUGUCCUUUCUUGGCUCAUGUCAAUGUACAGUGAAGCUGAAUGUGAACUAGUCGGAUUUCGAAAACCCAUUCACAUAUGGCAGGGAAUGGAGGAUCGGGUUGGUCCACCAUCGAUGAGUGAGUACAUAAGCAGGAUGAUUCCGGAAGCAACAGUACAUAAGAUCCCAAACGAAGGUCAUUUCUCCUUCUUCUCUUUCUGCGAUGAGUGCCAUAGACAGAUUUUCUACGCCUUAUUCGGAGAACCCAAAGGCCAGCUCGAGAAAGUGAAAGAAACAAAGGAAACUACUCUAGUCGAAACAGAGACGGUGAGUCUUUAA